AUGUCUCUCGUCAACCGCAGACCAUCCGCCACCAAAGACGUCGAAGCCGCCAUGCCCGACCACGAGGCUCGAGACCCCGUCUACGACGACGUCUUCCUCGACGUCGGCUCCCGCGGCUACUACCUCCAGUCCCAGAUCCUGGGCAUCCCCGACCACCUCGGCCUGUUCCAGCGCGGCGCUCCUAGGCGGAACGGCUUCCUGGGCAUGCUCAUCGUGUCCUUCUUCGGUGCCUUUAUGUGGAGCUUCGUCCUCUUCAUGUUCUACGUCGUCUGGCUCAUGAUUGUCUCGGAGCCGAUGAAGCCCUCGGAUGCCAUGGUGUACGGCUUCAUGCUUGGCUUCUUGUUUACGCUUUCGCUUGCCGUGACGGGCUUGGAUAAUCUGGAUCGACGGUGGCGCCAGCGACGCGUGCUGCAGAGGGUUGAGAGGGAGAUGAGAGAGCGGAAUGGGAGCGGGGAGUUCCUGCUCUUGUCUGGUGGUUGA